UUCUUCACGAUCAAAGUCCAAAACAAAGUCAGCUGUUACUUGUUGGAAAAAAUGGAAUAUAAUGUCGACGUCGUGACAAAAAUAUUUACAAGGUUUAGAAGACUUUUCUACAUUGUGUCUCCAAAAGAAACUUCUUUUCCAACAGUGGAAAAAGUUCCAAAGUAUGUCGAUGAGGCCAUACCAUUUUUCAUUUGUUUGAUAAUUCUGGAAGUUCCUAUUUUGUACUUGAGAGGGAAACGCCUGCCGCGAUUUAAUGACAGCUUUGGUUCUUUGGCGAAUGGGCUGUUGUCUCUGUUGCAUGGGCUGCUGUUUCGUUCUGUGGAGCUGGUGACCUAUAUCUGGGUCUAUGAACACUUUAACCUUGUUGACCUCCCGUGGGACAGUCCGUGGACCUGGUUAUUAGGCUUCCUGGGGGUGGACUUCGGAUACUACUGGGUACAUCGAUGCGGUCACGAAGUGAAUAUAAUAUGGGCCGCCCACCAAACCCACCACAGCUCCGAGGACUAUAACUUCACCACCGCUCUCCGCCAGUCCUGUAUACUACGCUAUAUAUCGUGGGUGUUCUACCUUCCCUUGGCCCUAGUCAUGCCACCCUCUGUAUUCUUGGUUCACUCCCAGUUUAAUUUGCUGUACCAGUUCUGGAUACACACAGAGACAGUGGACAGUCUUGGGCCGCUGGAGUGGAUUCUCAACACGCCGAGCCAUCAUAGGGUUCACCAUGGGAGAAAUCGAUACUGUAUCGAUAAAAACUACGGCGGCACUCUCAUCAUAUUUGAUCGAAUAUUUGGAACAUUUGCAAAAGAGCAGGAAGAAGUCGUAUAUGGACUAGUCCACCCUCUUACGUCAUGGGACCCCAUUAAUGCGCAGAUCUGUCAUCUUAAAUAUAUGUGGAGUGUAUUCAAAGAAACAGAGGGUUUUGCAAACAAGCUGGCAGUAAUUUGGAAAGGACCUGGUUGGGCCCCGGGCAAACCUCGAACAGGCCUAAUCGAAGAUAUACCAGAUAUCCAUGCUCCCCAGGAGAAAUUUGACAGACAAUUGCCAUUAUGGACAAAUCUGUACAUCUGGAUACAUAUGCCACUUUUGAUCGUUUUCUAUGGUGUCCUCGCCACAUAUAAAACGGAAUUUUCUCCGUAUCUCACCUUGACAGGUGUUGUAUUUAUUAUUUUCACCUUGUCCACGUUUGGUGCCCUUUAUGACAACAGACCCCGAGCUUCCCUUCAGGAGCUUCUUCGCUGCGUUGUCUUUCUAUUGGUUGUAAAGGGUGUUGCUGCGCCUUCUUUUCUGUCAUCCUCACCUGGACUUUCCCUUCUUCUGAUUUACUUAAUGUCCUUGUUUAUAUGGUUGUUUGUCUGUGUGAGGCAAACGUCGGUCACAAUUAAAGCCAAGUCGUCCUAGAGGUGCGACCAACAAGACUCGAUAACCGACUGUGAUAUAUUAACCAUCGGUUUGUUAAAUUUCCAUCACAGUACAAUUUAAACAUAUGUUUGUAUAAAACAUUUACAAUUUUAGUUUGUGGGCCUGAAAAAAGCUUUGCCCAAAAUGAAAUCAUUCUACAGUAUACCGAGAUGUACAGAGGAAAGCGACCUGUUUCACCAUAGACCAUGUACGAUGGCGUAGAACUUUUCAAAUUAAAUACAUGCUUUAAAAACUUCAAGUGUAAACGUUCUACAAUAUCAAGGUUUUCGUAGCCCCAUACUUCAGAGCCAUAUAGUAAGACUGGUACUACAACUCUAUCAAAAAGAUCAAAUUGACAGUCAACUGGUAAUUUGAAUUGUCUAAUUUUUCUU